GCGGCGCCUUUUAUUCUGAAAGCCGCCGCCGGAAGCGAGCUUUUAAAUUCCGGCCGACUUGACGCAGCUCAGUUGUUGUUCUUCAGCUCGAACUUGACGAGUCAAAAACUCCUGAGAGCCGAGUCACAAAGACCAUGAGACCCGGAGGAGAGGACCUGUCCGGAGACUCCCGAGUUAACCCGAGUCACAGAGUUAACCCGAGUCACACAGAAGCUCUUAUUCUCUCUUUUCUCUCCCGCUGAGAGCGGCUCUAGUCGCGGUAGUAGACCGGGAGGAGGAGGAAGUUGUGGCCGAGCGGAGCCGCUGCUGAGCGGAUAGACGACGGCGGAGGCUCGGAACAUUUCACACUUUACUCGGAGUUAUUUAUCUGGAUCUGUUCCGCCGCCAUGCUGAAGCUCUUCCUCCAGAGAGCUCUCCUCCGACCCGCCGGACACGUGUUCCCGUCCGGACCGAGGCAGGCGGCGCCUCUGCUGGGGCUGCCCGGGACCCGCAUGGGGACCCACGGGAGGAAGGAGCCCCGAGAGCCGCUCAACUCCCCGCAGAGAGCCCGGGAGUUCAUCUACCGCCUCCAGCCGGCCGAGAGGAGCUGCUUACUGAGGCAGCUGCAGAGCUUCGAGUCCAUAGCCAUAGCCCAAGAGACCCUGGAGACCUCACCGCCAUCAGCUGCCCAGAUCAGAUACGUUUUGUUCCAUAACGCCAUCCCCUUUGUUGGCUUUGGGUUCCUGGAUAAUGCCAUCAUGAUUGCAGCGGGAACUCAGAUCGAACUUUCUAUCGGAGUCACUCUGGGGAUCUCCACCAUGGCCGCUGCGGCUCUGGGGAACCUGGUUUCAGAUCUGGCAGGUCUCGGUCUUGCAGGUUACGUGGAGGCUCUGGCGUCCAAACUGGGGAUGCAGAGUCCAGAUCUGACGCCCAAACAGGCCGACAUGUGGCAGACCAGGCUCAGCUGUCAUAUGGGUAAAGGCAUCGGCAUCACCAUCGGCUGUAUUCUGGGGAUGUUCCCGCUCUUAUUUCUGAGUGAUGACGACGACAAGGAGGAGAAGAAAGCACAAGCCUGCAGCGACACGGAGUCACACUCCUCCUAACCAGCCACUACAGCCACUACAGCACACUGGAUGCUGCUGGUGUCAACUCUAAAGAAGAAGAAGAAAAAUCAGUGUGUGCAGUUGGAUGUUUCUCUUUGCUGCUGCUGCUCAGGUGGCGUUCACACUCCAAACCCUCGGAAGAUGUUUGUGUAAACUGGAAAUUUAGCUCCAUCACAACUUGCUGCACUACUUUUACACUGUGUGCUCCAUCCAACAGGCCAUCUGUUUGCUCAGUAUGUCACUUUAAUGGGUACUAACUCAUUUAAAUACACUCAUUUUAAAAGGUGCAGUAGGGAUCUAAUCAGCUCUGAUUCUUCAUAUUAAUUUCCUUAACUCUGGAGCCCGUUUUUGACCUGUUUGCUGGCCGUUUUGCUGCUUUUCUCUUCUACAAAAGUUAUAAAGUCUCACUUGAAAGCUUUUUCGGCAUCAAAUUAGUUUGAUAACUCAGCCUCAUUUGACCUUCCAGAGCUGUUUCUGGAGUUGUUCUAUAAAUAAGCUGGCCUGGAUUCAUCCUGGACAUACAGCAUGUCUGCAUUUAGACCCCCAUAUACCUUUCCAAUGCUGUAAAAUUUCUCUUUUAUCAUUUCUUGCACAACCAUUUCAGUCACUUCUCUAAAGAAAGUCUUCCAGCCUUUGAAUGUGGCUGUUCAACUUUAAGCACUUUUUAACCAGUUGGCAUUCAAAGUCCAGAUCUGAGAGAAUGUUUAACCCCCUGAACCUCACAUGUGUUUUCUUUAAAAGAUCGCUAAGAAAUACACCAUUUCUUAUAGAAAGAAACUUGAAUUUGAACUUUCCGAUGGUCCUUGAACUGAAGUAGCGAAAGUUAGCGUUAGAAAAAGUAACCUAAACGAAGUAACCUUAAAAAAAAAAAGCUUAAAAAGCACUUAGUCAGUGUUCAAAGUCCUUUUGGCAUAGAAGAGGUUGACAUCAUCUAGGAGUCGUGAACCUGAAGACUAAUUUGAGGUGCAGCUCAGCACUGUGUUUUCUGGUCAAAAAUAUCUAAUAAACAUGACUUAAUGACUUAAUUAAUUAAUAAAGUUAACUUCUUAAGGUGUAAAAGGGUUAAUAACACUAAUAUUUGCCCCUUCGAUGCCCAUUUCCAGCUCAACUAUGUCCCAAAAGUUGUUGCAGCAAUUUUUAGGUUACCAAUUUUUCCACACAUUUGGUGCUGAAUUAUGCAAUUUUAUUCAUAUCAGAAUGGAUAAAAAUGGUCAGAAAAACCUCAUAUUAUACCAUCCAGCCAACAGAACGCUAAGCAGUUAUAAUUUUUGACCACAUUCUCUGCCAAGGCUCAGUUCCAAGGAGUUAAUAAGAAGAAUCGAAGGUGAUGAAGCUACAUUUUUCUUGUAAAUGAGACUCCAGGUGCAUCUCAAUAAAUUAGAAUAUCAUAGGAACGUUUAUUUAUGUCAGUAAUUCAAUUCAAAAAGUGGAAAUAACACAUUAUAUAGAUCCAUUACACAGAGAAUGAAACAGAUCAUGUCUUAGUUUAUUUGAUUUCUUCUAAUUAUAAUGAUUGUGGCUUUCAUUUAAUUAAUGAAGACCUAAAAUUCAGUCUCUCAAAAAAUUGAAUAUUACAAAAGACCAAUUUUAGGAAAGUAUGUCCAUCUACGGUAUAUGACUCAAUACUUGGUUGGGGCUGUUUGACUUGAACUACUAGAAAUGGUCUUUUCCCAUCAUAUUCUAAUGUAUUGAGAUGCUCCAGUAUUUGGUUGCCAAUCUUAGACUUCCAUCUUUCUCAACACAACAAAAGAGUUUUGUGAACGCUGCCUGAGCGGCUCUCAGGAUGGGAAAUCUGUCUCCACACCUUCAGACGACGGCAGCUGUGAUUAUUUAGAUCCAAAUAUCGGCUCCAGCUGCUGAUCACAGACUAGAUCUGUACUGGACUUCCUCUUCUCUUCCUUUUAGAGGCUGUGAAUCAAGAAUCUAGUCACAGAUUUCACCGCUGACCACCGAGCGUUUUCCCGGACUGACAGCCGGACACAAACCGCACGUACUUGAACACUAUUUCACCAGACAACUCGACUGUCUUGCUCAGUUUUUAAAAAACCUCAAGUUGACUAAAAGAAACAGCACAUGAGUUCUUUUUGGUUGUUUUUCCUCAGCAGACACUUUAUACAGUACAUUUGUGCGUCUUUUACCAAACGAUGUAAAAGAAAAGGUGUCCACUGCUACCUCGACGGGGAUAUUUUAGGUGUUUUUUUGCAUGAAGAACUGACGUCGCUGUGUAAUCAGACUGUUUAUUGACAUUGUCAGGUGGGUUUUAAUAAGCUGGAGAGCCUUCGGAUGUUCAGACAAACACUACUCGGAAACUGAAGUGGCUUUUUUUUUAGUUUUGGGCUUCACGUUGAUGUUUUCUUCCCAAGGACUUUUCUGUAUCGAUGUUCUAAGUCUUUUUCUUCUCUUUCUCUC